AUGGCACCCAUCAUCCGCGUCGCCCUCAUCGGGCUCUCAGCCAAGCCGUCGUGGGCCAGCCGCGCCCACUUGCCGUACCUGCUCUCGGACGAGGGCCGCAAGAAGUUUACGAUCGUAGCCCUUCUCAACUCGUCCGUCGAAGCAGCGCGCGCCUCCAUUGCCGCGCACAGCCUACCGGCCGACUCGACCAAAGCCUACGGCGACCCGGCCGCGCUCGCCGCCGACCCCGACGUCGACCUCGUCGUGUGCAACACGCGCGUCGACAGCCACUACAAGACCAUCCGCCCCAGCGUCGCCGCCGGCAAGGCCGUCUACAGCGAGUGGCCGCUGGCGCACAACACGGAGGCGGCGCGCGAGCUCGUCGAGCUCGCCCGCCAGACGUCGGCCAAGUUCGCCAUCGGCCUGCAGGCACGUCUGCACCCCGUCGCCCACACCCUGCGCAGGCUGCUCGACGAAGGCGCCAUCGGCAAGGUCCUCAGCAGUGAGGUGCGCGCGUUCGGUGGGACCAACGACCGCGACCGUAUCCCCACGGGCCUGACCUAUUUCCUCGACCGCGCGGUCGGCGGCAACUUGGUCACCAUUGGGUUUGCGCACAUCUUCGACACGGUGCAAUCCGUCCUCGGCGAGCUCUCUCCUGCCACCGCCCGGGGCGACUUCCACCUGCAGCGGCCCAACGUGACGGUGUUCGACCCAGCAACAGGCGCAACGGUGGGCACGCACCCGUCGCAGGUGCCGGACCUGUUCUACGUGUCGGGCAAGUUCGCGCCGGGCCCACUCAUCGCAGCCCAAGGCGCACCACUGCACUUUCGCCUUCGGCGCGGCCAGCCCUUUCCCGGGGACCCCGGGCUGGUGUGGACGAUCGCCGGCGAGGCGGGUGAGAUCCGGCUCUCGGCGCCGGGGGCGGGCGCGCUGCAGAUCGGCACCGACGAGGACCCGCCCGUCAUCGAGCUGAACCGUUUCGCCGCGGGCAGCGCGGUCGAGAAGGUCGCGUGGGAGUGGCCGAAAGCGCUCAGCGCGCUCGACACGGUCGCUAGCCGAGGUGUUGGUGCUGUUUAUGACGAGAUUGCUUUUGCAGAAGGUGUUGCGGGCGGCGAGGGACGCGACCACCUGUACCCGCACGCCACGUUUGACGACGCGCUCAGGAGGCACGAGCAGCUUGAUGCGUUGUUGGGGGACUGGAAGGCGUGA